AAGUAGUCCGUUUUUUGGUGUUUGAUACAACGAGUCAUUUCCUGUUACCGUCAAACGGAAACGUGAUCUGUUCUUUCUUUCUGGUUAGGGUUCGUCACUGUGAAUAGGGUGUCCCGUAUUUUGGGGUUAAAUUUGUAAUCCACAUUCAUCAUGACGUCGAAGGUGUCGCGUGACACUCUUUAUGAGUGUGUCAAUGCAGUCCUGACUCACUCGCAGGAGAAAAAGAAGAAAUUCUUGGAAACUGUGGAAAUUCAGAUCGGGCUCAAGAACUACGAUCCCCAAAAAGACAAGCGUUUCUCUGGCACUGUCAAAUUGAAGCACAUUCCUCGCCCCAAGAUGCAGGUGUGUGUGUUAGGAGAUCAACAGCACUGUGAUGAGGCUAAAGCUAACAAUGUGCCUUACAUGGAUGUAGAGGCUCUCAAGAAGCUUAACAAGAACAAGAAGUUAGUCAAGAAAUUAGCCAAGAAGUACGACGCAUUCCUGGCCAGCGAUGCUCUGAUCAAGCAGAUCCCCCGACUUCUGGGACCUGGUCUCAACAAAGCUGGCAAGUUCCCUGGUCUCCUCUCUCAUCAGGAGUCCAUGAUUCAGAAGAUUGAUGAAGUCAAGGCUACCAUCAAGUUUCAGAUGAAGAAGGUCUUGUGUCUGUCCGUCGCUGUUGGUCACGUGGGGAUGACUCCAGAUGAACUGGUGCAGAAUGUCCACUUGGCCAUCAAUUUCCUCGUCUCCCUGCUCAAAAAGCACUGGCAGAAUGUGCGAUCACUCCAUAUCAAGUCCUCAAUGGGCCCACCCCAGCGACUUUACUAAACAGACAUUAAAUGUUUUAUUAUUGACCUAA